UAUCAGAUGGACGGACGGAUGACGUUGUGUGCGGACGGCCUGAACCCCGCCCGCCCGUUUCUCGUGCCAGUCGAGAGACAGCAUUAAUAAGGAGGGACCAUAUAUAUCACCCUAUCCAGUGCCGCCCAUUAGAAAGGAGAGGAGGGGAGAGGAGGAAGGAAGGUAAGAAGGAAAGGAGGCAAUGAGGCAAGAAAGGAAAUACAGAAUGAAUGAGACAAAGAAAGAAAGAAAGCUACAGCUGCUCUCUCUCCCUCCCCCCCUUUCUCCCGGUAAGCAGCGCAGUGCAGCGCCUCUCUUCCUUCAGAAUAACAGUAACAGAUAGAAAACAAAGUAGACAAGGUAAACAAGGUAAAUUGCAGAUCUGUCUGCGCCGUAACAAUACAGUAAUUCCUAACGUCCUCUCUCCCAAUUACACCUUACCUGACUGCUCCCUGCCGAUUAUCGCCCCUCCUCCUCUUAUCCGUCUCCCGCCUUGCUGCCCCUCCCUCCAUCCCUCCAUCCCUCCAUCCCCCCGUACCCCGCCGCUCGCCCGUGUGACGCCCCGCUGCCGAGCUACAGACCGGAGCUGGAGGGCUGGAACAGGUCCCCUCGUAUCCUCAUCUACGGAGUAAAGAAACACAUGUCUCAGGCUUGCUUGGCGUGCGCAUUAGCCUCUCUUGAGCCGUCUACGAGAUGCACAGGAAGAGGCUUUGGGACUCUUUGAAAGAAAGAGAUGUGACGGAUGCAUGAGCUGAGGAUA